AUGGAGGUGGUUAUUGGUAAGGUCAAUUUGGCGCCUGAGUUGCCGCCCCCUCACAGGAUGUCGACUCCAUCUAGGAAGAGACUUAUGAGGGAUUUCAAGAGGUUGCAGCAGGACCCUCCUGCAGGUAUCAGCGGUGCCCCUCAAGACAACAAUAUUAUGUUUUGGAAUGCUGUUAUAUUUGGUCCUGAUGAUACACCUUGGGAUGGAGGUACGUUCAAGUUAACACUUCAAUUCACUGAAGAUUACCCAAACAAGCCUCCAACAGUGCGAUUUGUUUCGCGGAUGUUUCAUCCCAAUAUUUAUGCAGACGGAAGUAUAUGUUUGGAUAUCCUUCAAAAUCAGUGGAGUCCAAUAUAUGAUGUUGCUGCUAUUCUUACUUCUGUCCAGUCUUUGUUAUGUGAUCCGAACCCUAAUUCCCCUGCAAAUUCUGAAGCUGCUCGGAUGUUCAGUGAGAACAAGCGAGAAUAUAAUCGCAGGGUAAGGGAAGUUGUGGAGCAGAGCUGGACAGCUGAUUGA